UGUGCUGAAGAUUUAGUCCUCCUGACCGAUCAUCAAGUUGGGAUGAUGUGUCAUCUGACACAAUAUCUGACAGUUAACAGGUGUGUGCCUCCCGCCCGCCCCCCACCACGGCCCUCACCUGUGUGUUGCGGUGCUUCCCCUGCGAGCCUAGCUGGGCCGGCAGCCCCUUCCUGCACCGCCCCCCCCGCCCCGCCCCGCCCCGCGGUCAGGAUGACACGCUCCAAGACGUUCCAGGCCUACCUGCCCAGCUGCCACCGCACCUACAGCUGUAUCCACUGCCGAGCGCACCUGGCCAACCACGACGAGCUCAUCUCCAAGUCGUUCCAGGGGAGCCAAGGCCGAGCUUACUUGUUCAAUUCAGUGGUGAACGUGGGGUGUGGGCCGGCAGAAGAGAGGGUGUUGCUCACAGGGCUGCAUGCUGUGGCUGACAUCUACUGUGAGAACUGCAAGACGACUCUGGGUUGGAAAUAUGAGCAUGCCUUUGAGAGCAGUCAGAAGUACAAGGAGGGCAAGUUCAUCAUUGAGCUGGCCCACAUGAUCAAGGACAACGGCUGGGACUGAAAGACGCUGCGUUGCCGGUGAAUCGGCUAGGAGGCUUGAAUUGGGGUAGAUGGGAGGGAAGGAGGCGAGUGUGUGGGUGCGUGUGUGACUUUGGCUUGGUUGAUUGACCAUGUACCUUUGUCCCCCCCUCUCCCUCCCUGAUGACACACCAGCAACCUCCAGGUUGGUGGGGGUAUGUGAAUGUGUGAGCUAGGGCUGUAGCAGCUGUCUGACCUGCCCCUCUGGGCUGUGUGUUAUCUGGACUGGAGGAGGAUGUCACUGGAGAUGGGUGGACACCACCAGACAGACAUGCAAUGGCAUGCUAACACGUACACACACACACACACACACACAAAUUACACACAGAUACAGUGACAUUGCUUCUGGGUCUGGCUUAUGGAAUGGAUGUGGCUACCGCUCUGUGGAGCCAUGUCCAGGAACAGCAUGUCCUACCACAACUGGGAUGUAUCAAGGCUGGAUGUGGAGGUUGCUGCGGUGCCUGUGCUUGUGUAGAACACCUCUCUGGUGGAUUAGUUGGGAUCUCCGGUCAACUGCUUUCUUACACUGGGAUCUUCAACGUGAGUGAUCUACUGCAGCUGGCUCUAUGUCCUCCGGGUUGGCCCUUUGGACUAGACACUUGGCCAGGGUUGCCAUGAAGCUGAUGCUCUUGGUGCACCAGAGGAUGUCUGUAGGAAGAACCUUCUCUCCGUAGCUGAUACAUCGGGGGGACCCUAAUGUUUCAAGCGGUUAGGAGACGGACGUGGCAGUAGUACGGCAGCCGCUACUUUUGUUGAUGUCUUACGUCCUUUUUUUCCCAAGGACAUCUAAGGUGCAAUCCGACACAAGCUGUGGAGACGAGGUUGACGCUGGUCAGGAUGUCAGUCAGUUCGGCAGCUAGGAGUUCGGUUGCUGCCAAGGUAGGAGAAUUAUUAAAACAGAUGCCAUUAGGGAGCUGCUUCAGUGAUUUCUGUACACCCUCAAAUUUGUUUAGGAUGAUCCCACGGCUGUGCCACAAAGAUCAUGUCGAAGGUUCCGAAGUCCUUUCUGAAUCCCCUCUGUGGUUCAGGUAGGGACGUUUUUCGAGACAUGCUGGGUCACACGAAACCGUGCGACCCAGCGUAUAGCAAAUAGCUAUAAGCAAAUGCUCUUCCUGCAGAUGGAUUUAUCCUCCCUUGUCUUGUGGAUGAUGACAUGGUUUGCGCUUUCAUUGAGGACUGACUUGAUGGAUGACUCCUGGAGCCAGAUUUCCUCAAUUAGAAGGAGGAGAGGCCUUAAGAAGUCGCCACCUGUUUUCAGGGCCUCUUCUAGGAUUCUAACAGCUCCUGCACUCUUGUCAGGAGAAUCCCAGAUUUGAUGACAUGUUUGUGAAACAGAUGUUCUCUGCAAGUUUAGCAGGUCCUCAGAGCAAAGUCAGGAGUCUUAGGCAGUUCUUGCUCAUUUUGCCUAUGCCAUGUUUCCCAAUAGCUCCCCUCCAAAGCUGAUUAUCAGUUCCCACUGUGGCAUUUAAAUCACCCAAGAGUAUCAGUUUGUCAGAGCAAGUGACUUCGAGUGUUGCAGCAUCUAGAAACUAAUUUAAUGGUUUUUUUGGACACUGUUGUCGCCAUCCGUGGUUGGAUGCUGGAGAAUUCUGUUCCCAGGUCCAGUCAUCACAACAACCUUCAUGCCCACACCACCUCCAAGCAGGGCUCAGUCUUAAGGCUCCCAGUGAACCUCCAUAUCUUUCUCCGUUUCUUUAGCCUAUUAUCGAAAGACUUAGAUAGAGGAAGCAAGAGCCUGUGCUACGAGUGGAUUAGUGUGAAGAGAGUGGUGCACACUCCCUGCCUCCACAGCUUGGAUUCAUCUCCCAUUAUCUGCUAGCCAGCAGGAGAUAACAGUCUAGACGACUUUCAGACGAGCGUGGUGAAGGGGACUGCCAGGCCUUAGUUUGUUGAGCCUGCCUGCGUGCAUAUCCCAAAAUGUGGCCUUUGUCUUGUUGGUGUUCCACGCUCCCUGUAGACUGACCCAUGAGGCAGGCGACUUAAGCUGACGGCGUUCCUGCACUCGCCGUUUUGAAGAGAAGCAAAUGGUAUUGUAUCUGUGGAGUUUUCAGUGGAGCUAUCGAUGCCACUCCACCCACACCCAAUUGUACCUCCACUGUCCCUGUCAGCUGCUUAUUUUGCAGCUGUUCUCUAUAUCUGGGGGAGUGUUCACCAUCUCUGACACCUGUGGAAGUGGUUGAUAGCAGCCAGCUCUGCCUUCACACACACACACACACACACACAAGCAAACGAAUAAACAGCCAUGCAUGUCCCAGAUUGACAUCCCAGCCUGAUGGGUAGUUCUUCAGAUAGAACCAAGCCAAGGGCAGUGGUGUUUGUUACUCUCCCUGUUAGUGACCUGUGGGUGUGGGAGGCCAGCCUGUGGCCGGGCCAGAAGCCCUGGGUUAAAGAGCUAAUGGGAGCUCUCCUCUGUGUGUGAAUGAGAUGACCCAAGAUGAUUAUCCCCAAAUCCAGCUGAUCUUAUAUACCCAAGGCUGUGCCAGCUGGGCCAGUGAUGAAGCCGGGCGUUAAAGCUUGGCACUGAGGUCCGUGGGGGCGGGCAGUGGAGAGGGCUUAGGGGUUGGAGGGGCAGGGAGACGGCCGGUCCAGAUUCUGGAUUGCAGUCCACCCUGGUUAUGGGGUUGUAGUAGCAGCUGGUUGCGUAGCCACACGAUCCACACCAGGUUGUAUCGGCAAAAGAGCUGGAUGUGGAAGUUAGGAUGGUAAGUAGUGUGGACGUAUUACAAGAUACCACUACACUUUGAGAAUAGUUUGAUCAUGUGUUUGUGUGAUUUCUGUCAGUGCUUGGGCUUUUGCCAUUAUCAGUAGAUACUGGAAAUCAUUGUCAUGUCAUAUUUUGACCCUUCUAUGUGUUGCAUCUGAUGUAAGUGAUUAUUCACAUCCACUAUGUCAACUUGUAGGUGAAUCAAACUAUGGUAUUGUUUAUAUUUGACUUCUGAAGCUCUGAUUUGAACAGACUUGGAGAUUGGUCCUAGUCUUUUUGUCUGGUAUGCUAAUGUAAUGGAACCUUUUGUACAGGUUAAACGGUUGGAACAUCGGUAAGUGAGGCGGUGUCUUGUCUUGUGAAGCAGAGAACUGUGAGGGGAAGCAAAACUGUUAGCAGCAGCAGCACAUUGACGUCUGUUUCACUAACUAAAAGCGACUGGGAUGUAUGGGCCUCUGGGAGAUGUUCUUAAGACGUUCUGAAAGGUUGACAUUCUGAAGCAUUAUUUCAGCCUGGGAUGGCCAUAUCAGUUCAUACUGUUACACACACACUCUCACAUACUACCUGGCCCUCACGUAAAACAUUAAGUAGAAAAGCUAUACAGUAGACCUGUGGUUUUCUGCUAAACCGAAGUCAACUAAGCAACACAACUAAUCUUAAUCUACCUUGUAUCUAUGGCAAUUGACUGGCAGUCGAGACUUCCACUCAGAAGCUGUAGUAAUCCCCAACACGACCAAAGAUCCCACCCAUCUACAAUUAAUUGACCAAACAAAAUGUAUUUUUUGCUUUGGUCAAGUUGGUGCAAAAUGUGGGGAUGAGAAGUAUCAUUGAAAGACAAUGUUAUGGAUAGCUUUUUCUGUGAUACGCGUUAUGAUUUAUAAAUGACAGAUCUUAAUAUAUGCACACAUAUAAAGGUAUAUAUAUAAAAUAUGUGAACGUCUGACAUUAUUACUAAAUGUAAAUAAUAAUAUGUAAUGUGUGUUUCAGCCAUGAUUGCUAUGACUAUGAUUUUAUUUUAUGCUGUGAUUUGUCUCUGUUAUAACCCUUGUGGGUUGAACAAUAUUAAGACUUUUUUACUCUUUGAAAAUGUUUCAAUUUUAGUGUCUUUUGUAAAGGAGGCAGGAGUGACAAUAUCAUUGGAACUUGGUCAAUUAAAGCAUCACCUUGAUACCUGUUUUGAAAGUAUUCCGCCUGCUAUGUUUGUCUUGUGUACAGCCUACAUUGCCAGAAUGUGUCGUGUGUCGGGUCCAAGUUCCUUCUGUGUAGAAGAGAAUACGAGUGUGAAUUUUGAUAGUGACACACGCUAGACCAGAUCUAAAUAAGGAGUCAUGUAAUAGCCCACAUCUUAUCGACAAAUUCUAAUGCAUACCGUAUAAACAUACUGUAUGUACAGUGGUUUUCACUUGUAUUCACCCCCCUUUCACUUGUCCAUAUGUUAUUGUGGUUACUACAUGAAAUCACAAUGAAUUGAAUACUGUUUGUUUAGAGUGUUUGGCAUAGAUUAAAAAGUCUGUAAUGCCAAAGUGAAUAAUAAAAUCUACACCCUUUAGUCAUUA